GCUCGGCUCAGCGGGCAACCUGACUUCAUGGUACCACGAUGAUGCGUAUCUGACCUACCUAUUCGUACUUCCACCAGACAUUCCCAUCACCCCAGCACACCACCUCUCUCUGGGACCGCCAGUUCUGAGUGGAGAGACAUUCACCCCGUUCUCCCGCACUUCCGGCGAACACCAUCGACCACAACCCAUUCUUGUCACAAAACCGCGAAAGGCCGUCUGCGCCGCCACAGCUAUUCCGAUACCUCGAAUCCUACGAUUCUCACAAUGUUCGCCACAAAGCCUCUGAGCUCUAUCAAAAAUGCCAUUCCCUCGAUCCACCAGCCGCUACCCCUCUCAUCAAAGCAGUCCAAGAAGCUGCUCAACGUCUUAAAGACUUCCUUCCGCAAGAAUCUCGACAAAGAGCAUGGCUUCGUCCCCGAGCCUACCGACUUGUCCGCGGCCAAAGCUACUACUUCCACACACCCUCCGUCUCGCCCAACCGAUCAACAUCUUCGUUCCAUCCUCUCCAAUCCACUAUUCAAGAUUGGCGCCCAGCUCGGCAAUGUCCCUUCCACAAGUCCCAGUCCCAGAGAUCCGAUGGACGUCUUCGACGAGGCAGUAUCGCGAGGCAUGAUGACGAAUCGUGCUGCACAAGGCUGUCUGAAGGCAAAACGACUGCAGAUCGUCCAAUCCAGCACCCUAUCAGAGGAAGACUCCAUGGCGGCAUCUGCAGCUGGUUUGCGGGUAGUUCAGUGGUUGAGAUCAUCUGGCCAGGAACGGAGGCUGGAGUUUCUCACAGACGUCCCAUUUAGCCGUGAGCUCCUCGCGUUCAUGGUUGCAGAGGGGCUGGAAGAGGUUGCGUGGACGUGGGCGGACCGAUUAGUCCGCGGUGAAGGACCUGCGGACGGGACCGGUCAGAUUGUGGGAUUCUUGGUCGCCAACUUGGUGCGGGCAAAGUCAAGAUUGGAAGACCGCAGCCUAGACACGGCAUUUUCAACGAUGCUAAGAGCAGAAUCCACUUGGAAGGCGAACCCUCAACUUCCCCAGUUUCUCUGGCAACCCUUCCGCCACCUGUCCUGGGAAGCAACAGUCGAUGCAUGGAAGCGACCACUACCCUCUGCGCCGCUAUACGAAUCCUUUGCUAGAACUGCAAGUUACCAACGGCCUCUGAUCAAAACUAUCAGACUCGACGGUGCGCAUUUGGAACUUCACCAUCCCACUAAUCCAGAUCAUACGACCGCCUUGGCUGUCCUCCGCUGGUUCCUGAAUGAUCGAGGCACGCUGGAAGGUGACGGCCGUCUGCCUAGAAGACUGAGGACAAUGGGCAUGGAUAUUGUCACUCAUCUCACUAAGAUCGGCCGGGCUGAUAGUGCCGAUACGGUUCUGCGCCUGUUGUACGAUAACUCCGCAACCAAUCCCUGGCAGCAGCCCGGGCCACUCAACGUGUGAGGAGUGUGCGCGAAUUUUUCUUACAAAGCUCGCAUCACUACAAUUCCCCCACGCAGUCGGAAUCCGUGUCGUCGCCGUCGUCUUGGAGGACGGACCACGCCAUGCGCCAAGGUGUCCUCGUAGACUAGUCAUUGGUCUGAAAACUACUCCUCGCGCAGGGCUGGCCCAUUGCACAACUCAGCGCCAGGCUGUUAUAAGCCGUCGAAGAUUUGAUGCUACCGGGCCUUUGAGAGUGGCUCGAAACACUUCAGACAGACAGAUUGAAGCGGGAUUGGAGACUACAUCACUUCCUACAACUGCACGCCAAUCAGCCUUGAGAUAUGUCGUGAACAACCUGCGACUCGAUAUGAGAAGGCUUAUGGCCGCUGCUCGCAACCCCUUUUUUGGAACAUAGCUUAUGAGAUACCCGCAAAUGAACAAUCAUUUCAACCCCGUACAUGCAUGACAUUUCGAAAUGUAGUUUUGGCAAUGACAAUG